AUGGCGCUGGAAUACCCGAUCCACCUCGGCUUGGCCUACCUUUUCCUGGGAGGCUACCUGGCCAGUCGGAUCUUUUGGGCUCUGCGUCUGCCUGCUGCGGUUGGAAUCAUUGCGAGUGGCUUCAUCUUUUCCCAUUUUAUUCAGUUCGACAUUCUCCAGGGGCGCGACCACCUACAAGGACUUUCGUUUUUCCUCGUGCUCCUCACUGCCGGCUUUGAGUUGCAAGUGAGUGACCUUCGUGCAGAGACUUUCGUCUUUGCAUUCCUCCCAGUGACGCUGGAGCUGCUUGGAAUUGCAGCUUGUGCCCAGCUCCUCUUGCAUUUCACACUGCUGGAGAGCCUGGUGUUGGGCGCUACGCUCUGCUGCUUAGGAGAUGGCUUGGUCAUUCCGAAGAUGAUCGAGAUAAAGAGCCGCAAAGAGUUCGAGAGCUCACCAAUGCCAAGAUUGGUCUUCGCUGCAGCACCUUUAGAGGCAUCGUACGUGCUCACCAUCUACGGUGUUCUUGAAGGGCUAGCUGUGUCAGAGCAUCAGGAAGCGGCCGGGAUUUGGACGAUCGUUUUUGCCAAUCUUCUACGAAUCGCUGCCACUCUGCUAUUUGGUUCCAUUGCCGGGUAUUGUGCGGGCGUGUUCAUCGUUGAAGGCCGCAAUAGCGACGCCUGGCUUGGUUGCUCUUGGGCAGAUAGGGCAGGCUGGAAAGAGUACUCCGCAAAAAUCUACGAGGCAUACAUAUCAUGGAUGCCCAUAGCUCCAAAGAAGUUUUUCCGGCAGACUGAUGUGGAGGCAUACUUGUUCAUCCUGAGCGUUGCCCUUCUUGGCUUUGGUGUCGGCUCGAUGACUGUAGCCUCUUUGGCCCCCACGAUUGGGAACCUCCUGCCGUCGGCCUUCGGUGAGGGGGAGAUGUUUCAGCCAGAGCUUCUCGUCAUUGUCAUAGGCUCCUCCUUUGCCUACGCCUGCGAGAAACACGAGACACCAACGCCUGAAGAGGGGGGGGUUCUGGACAGUGUGCUCGUCAUUGUCGGUGGCGUUUGGACCUUCGGGCAGCUCGUUCUCUUCAGCAUGUUGGGCAGUCGUCUCGAUGUGACAGUGUUUCAGCAGGUCUUCCACGUCCUUCCUCUCAUGGUGGUCGGGCAAGCAUUCCGAUUUCUCGGGGUGGGGCUCUCGACCAUUCUGGUGGUGAAGCUCGAGUGGCGGACCUGCGAGGAUGAAGCUGACGAAGUUUGCAAGAAGUCCUUCCAAACAACUGAAUGGCCCGAUGCAAUGUUCUGCUUCUUGUCGGCGAUGCCUCGGGCGACAAUCCAGGGAGCCCUUGGGCCAGUUCCCCUGGUGAAGAAGUUCUUUCCGCUGGAGCCGGCUGCACGUGGCCAGGAGGUCCGGCUCUUCAUAGCAGCAGCCGCGAGGCUGUACGUCCUAGUCUGCGCAGUUGCGGGCUCCAUCCUUCUGGACGACUAUGGCCCAUGGUACCUGGAACAGGCAAAUUCUGAGGCGGGCCGAGCGAAACGCUGCAAAGAUUGCCAUGCAAGUGAAGUUGAGCAAGCACGGAAGUCCAUGUCCAUUGCGGAGCAGAACGAAUCAGAGGACAGCGACGGAUCUCAGAUGGAGGAUCUAGAAGGUGGGCUGCAGCCAGAAGGCACAGCAGAAGAUGGACCGAAGGUCCAACCAAAACCGCGCAAGACUCGUGUGGCAUUCCGUGAGGACGGUGAGGAUUCCGAGGAGUUGCCGGCCCCAAAGCGCCGAGUAGGUAAGGCGCAGACGGCAGCUGCAGGGUUAAAGGAGCACAUCGGGGCCAUCCAGAACUGGACGUAUUCCUCGUCGGAAGCACGCAGGCGAACCCUUGCUGAGUCCGUGGCAAUUCAACGCCGGCGCCGCUCAAGUGUGUCGGGCUCUCGUCCAUCUGACAGCCGCGCCUCGCACACCUCCCUGCCUCGACGUGGAGUGCUGUUCUCCAUGGAUGCUCCCCGGCCGCCCGAGGACGACUACGAAGAGCACGACACGGGAGCAGGCGCAGGUGGAGACAUAACUCAGCUGCAUCCAGCCUUGCUCGGCCCGAGGGGUCAGAGAUACAGUCCGAUACCGCACGAAGCCACCAGUCAGCUGUCCAGAGAGGCGACGCCUCUGGACGGACCUGCCGCGCAUGGAGCUGCUUCGGGUCGUGGACAGGAAGGUGCCGGUGAUCCGAUCUCCGCGGAUGUGCUUCGAGAUGCACCCCACCAGUCGCAUGGCGAAGACGCGACGCUGGAUGGACCAAACUCAGCUGCCGAUGUGCCCGAGACCCGUGACGAGCAGGAUGGCGAAGCAGGGCAGGACCGGACAGCUCCGAAAGAGACGGUCCCAGAGAAGCCUCCUCUCUCCGCAGCCGGGCCUACAAGUUCGCCACAAUCCUCGGAGGAGGCUCCCGUCCCGGCUUCGGCCACAGAAGCUCGGGGCAGAGCGGAGACCGCCUCAAGCCGACGAAGCCUGGCAGAGUGUGAUGAGUUCGGGCCCGACUCCGCCCGAAGGGCGAGUAUGCCCGGGCACCCCGGGGGCUCUGGAAUAGGGGAGUUGAACACCCUAGACCAACCCCCGGUGGACAAGCCCAAUGACGAGGGCCGUGAUGCCAAAGAACGGCUCAUGGAAGAAAAAGAACUGCAGUCCGGCUACGUGUCUAGCCUGAUCUUUUGGGCUCUGCGCCUGCCUGCAGCAGUUGGUAUCAUUGCCAAUGGCUUCGUUUUCUCCAAUUUCAUUCAGGCGGAUGUCCUCAAUGGUCGAGAUGAUCUGCAGGCACUUUCCUUCUUCCUCGUGCUCCUCACUGCCGGCUUUGAGCUGCAAGUGAGUGACCUUCGCGCAGAGACUUUCGUGUUUGCAUUCUUCCCUGUAACGCUUGAGCUGCUUGGCAUCGCAGCUUGUGCCCAGCUCCUCUUGCAUUUCACACUGCUGGAGAGCCUGGUGUUGGGCGCUACGCUCUGCUGUUUGGGAGAUGGCCUGGUCAUUCCAAAGAUGAUCGAGAUAAAGAGCCGGAAAGAGUUUGAGAACUCCCCGAUGCCAAGGCUGGUCUUUACAGCAGCUCCCUUGGAGGCAUCCUACGUGCUCACCAUCUACGGUGUUCUUGAAGGUCUGGCUGUGUCAAAGCAUCAGGAAGCGGCCGGGAUUUGGACGAUCGUCUUCGCAAAUCUUUUGCGAAUCGCUGCAACACUGCUAGUUGGCUCGAUGAUCGGAUAUGGAGCCGGGCUCUUCAUCAGUAAGGGCCGAAAGAGUGACUCCUGGCUUGGUUCCUGGGCAGAAAGCGAUGGGUGGCGUGAGUUCUCCCGACAAAUCUACGAAGCAUACGGAUCGUGGUCAUCGUGGCUGCCGUCCUAUGUCGCUCCGAAGAGGCUUUUCAGGCAAACUGACGUGGAGUCAUAUCUGAUGAUCCUGUCUGUUGCUCUGCUGGGAUUCGGCAUAGGCUCUAUGAAGGUGGCUUCACUUGUCCCUAUGUUCGCGAACCUCCUACCAUCGGCCUUCGGUGAUGGGGACAUGUUUCAGCCAGAACUUCUCGUCAUUGUCAUAGGCUCCUCCUUCGCUUAUGCCUGUGAAAUACACCAAGUAGAUGGAGAGACGGGGGUGUUGGACAGUGUGCUCGUCAUUGUCGGUGGCGUGUGGACGUUUGGGCAGCUGGUUUUGUUCAGCAUGCUGGGCAGUCGCAUUGAUGUCUCUGUGUUUCUGCAGAUCCUCAAUGUCCUUCCCCUGAUGCUGGUUGGGCAAGCAUGCCGCUUUCUAGGGGUGUGGUUGUCGACGAUUCUGGUGGUGAAGCUCGGUUGGCGCACCUGCGAGCGUGCUGACGAAGUCUGCAAGAAGUCCUUCCAAGCAACUGAAUGGCCCGAUGCCAUGUUCUGUUUCUUGUCGGCGAUGCCCAGGGCGACGAUCCAGGGAGCCCUUGGGCCAGUUCCCCUGGUGAAACAGUUUUUUCCGCUGGAGCCAGCUGCACGUGGCCAGGAGGUCCGGCUCUUCAUUGCAGCAGCUGCAAGACUCUACGUCCUGAUCUGUGCGAUUUUCGGCUCCAUCUUACUGGACGACUAUGGCCCCUUUUACCUGGAACAGGCCAAAAUCGAGGCCAGCAAAGCGAAACGAUGCAGCAGAUGCCAUGUGCAGGAAUUCGUCGCCGGACGCAGCUCCAUGUUCGGGCUCGCAGACAUGGGCGCAUCCAGCGGGCAGGAAGUCGUGAGAGCUGGUCCCGAGCUUGCUUGCGCUGGCCUUAGCGACGACGAGGUCUUGCAGGAAAGGUCCGAUCCCGGGGAUGCAGCGGCCUCCGACGACCAAGAUGCAACACUGGAACAGCCGAAGAUGAAAGAUCCCCUGGCCGGCGGAGUCGAGGACCUGGGACGACCAGAUAGCUCAGAAGUGCAGGGCAAAGGAACACACGGCACGGCUGCCACUGAGGCUGGGAGUUCGAUAGAUCCACCGGACACACUGCCGGAGGCGCCGGCAGAGAUUGAGUCUCCGCGGCGGACGGAUCGGAACCGCCUUCGGCUCCAUGACCAGCCAACGCAGCUCGGGCCCACGGCAAUCGCCGUGGGAGCAUGGAAUGCUUUGCCUUCACGCAGUAGCGAAUGGCCCAAAGGCUUUGCGAAGUUCAUGGCCACCUACCUUAGCGCCUGGACCUUGUGUGUUGCUGCAGACUGGCUGCAGGGCCCCUACGUCUACGCCCUCUAUGAGGCUUAUGGCUUUAGCCCGCACGAAAUCGCACAGCUUUUCGUCGCUGGCUUCGGCUCUGCUUUGUUCUGCAGCUGCGUGGGACCCGAGUCGUGUUGA